GUCCUAUAUAUAUUUUAUUUAUCAUUCAUCACCAAGGAACAUAAUACUAUAAAGAAUUCAUCACAGUUCUAGAUAUACCAGUAUUAUCAUGUUUCUUGACAUAUACUAAAAAUAGAGGCUAUAUUUUGAUAUUAUUAAUUAUUUAUGCAAAAUGAGCUUUACAUUAAAUAUUUUCACAUUAAAUUGUUGGGGUAUUCCAGUGGUAUCGAAAAAUCGACAGGAGCGCAUGGAAGCAAUUGGCAAAUAUCUUCAAUCUAGUUCUCAUAACAUUGUUUGUUUGCAAGAAGUUUGGAGUGAAAAUGAUUAUUUAAUUUUUAAAAAAACUUUAAAAACUGUCCUUCCAUAUUCACACUAUUUUUACAGUGGUGUAAUGGGUUCAGGAUUAUGUGUGUUUUCCAAAUGGUUGAUACAGGAUGUAUUUUUCCAUCAAUGGCCACUCAAUGGUUAUAUACAUAAAAUCCAACAUGGUGACUGGUUUGGUGGUAAAGGAGUUGGUCUGUGUAGAGUAAGAUGCAAUGACAAGCUGAUUAAUAUCUAUUGCACUCAUUUACAUGCAGAGUACCAUGAGGAUGACAUGUACCUAGCACAUAGAGUACUGCAAGCAUACUCAACUGCUGAAUUUGUAAAUUUGACUACUUCGCCAGCUGAUAUCUCCAUACUUGCAGGGGAUUUGAACACUGGACCUGGAGAUUUGUCUUAUAGAAUAAUUACACAGUUACCGCAACUCCUUGAUCCCUUUGAUAUGAAAUGUGAAGGAAGCAAUCCUGCCAUCAAUAAGCCUUCAGGAACAUGUGAUGUUGCCAACAAUAGUUACAGCAAUCAAAAACAAAUAAAAGAAUGUCCAGAAGGAAAGAGAAUAGAUCAUAUUUUGUUUCAUGUGAAUUCUGCAUUGGAGGCUGAAAUAAUAAAUUUUGGGAAUCCUUUGGAAGACAGAGUACCCAAUCAGCCAUUUUCAUACUCAGACCACAAUGCUGUCUCUUUGGAGAUAUGUUUAAAACCUGUUAAGGAUGCGAAAAUAGGUGAAAGACAGUACAGUAUAAAUGGUUCGUUUGAUACGACUGUGGCACAAACUAUCAAAGUUUGUCAAGAAGCAACUGAAACCAUAACAAGAUCAAAGAAACUGUUUCUUACAUCCGGCGGUUUGCUGUUUAUGUUUCUGAUAGGAACUGUAGGAUUUUGGCCAAAUAAUGUGUUUUAUGAUGUAAUUAAAAUUGUAUUAACUGGCUUUUGUUUCUACUAUCUACUAAUGGGUACAUUAUGGAAUAAAAUAGAAAUGAAUAGUCUCAAAGCUGGACUUAGUGCUCUAGAAAAUUUCAGUAGGACAAGAAUAGAGCCCAUCAAAGAAUAAAAUGAGAUACAAUUGUUUUCACAUACUAAUAAAAUGGUCAGAAUUCAAGUACGUAAGCUAUGUCUACGAAUUUUAUACGCUUGUAAUAUACUUGAAUUCUGGAUUGCUUUCCUGUACAAACAGGAUACAUGUAAAUUGUAGGCUUAAUUUGCUCAGUGGAUAGACCAACAUAUGUGGAACAACAAGGCUGUGCUUAUUGUAAAAUUGCCUUAGCUUAUAAGACAUAACAUAUCAUUUAUAAUGUUUAUACUACAUUACAGUUUCAUCCUGUUUAAAUGAGUUAAUAGUAACUUUUUCGUACUACCCUAACGUUACUUAUAGCUAGUAACAAUUGAUUUAUGAAUGUAUCAACUAUAAAAAUAUA